UUUAGGGAUCAUCACGAAGACGACACUUCUAGAUUCAACUGACGUAAGCAGAGGUCAGAGAUUAUAGGUAUAACGCAUUCUUUGUUUGUCCAAUAUUGUGAGAAAGUAUCUGACAUAGCAAUGGUCAAUAACAUCAUGGAGCGGCGUCCUGAUAGCUUUUGGUCAUGCCUGGUUUGUGCAGCAUCCGUGUUAUCUAUUCUGAUCGCAACUGGCGGUCCAUACGCCUUUGGAUUGCUUCUUCCUCCUUUAAUGGAUGAAUUCAACGCAAACAGACAAGAAACAGCAUGGGUUGGAUCCUUAAACACGGCUUGUGGCUACAUUCUUAACCCAUUCAGCGUCCAUGUUACAAACCGUUUCGGCUUCCGAGCUACCGCCAUUCUGGGAUCUGUGUCGAGCUUAAUAGGCGUAGGCCUGGCUUCAUUCUCUGCUCAGCUAUGGAUGAUGUACCCAACUUAUGGCUUCCUGACGGGGUUUGGAAGCACAACGAUCUAUAGUACAUCGAUGCUGGUCGUUUUAAAGUAUUUUGUGAAAUGGCGUUCUGUGGCGGUCGGACUCGUCGCAUCGGCAACAUCGGUUUCUGCGUUUGCCAUGACACAAUUUGUUCAAGCACUACUAAGUGCCUUUGGCUGGCGAUGGGCCAUGCGAGGAAUAGCGGGUCUGUUUUUGAUGUGUGGUAUGUGUUCAGCUUUAUAUCUACCGGUCAACAGGGCAAAGGAGAGUGAUGAACAAACUCUGGAUAGAAUUGGAACAGACAAGAAGGAGAAUGAACCACAUGUACUGAAGAACCACAGAUUUUUAGUAUUUUGCUCUGCAAAUACAAUUGUUAUGUUUGGAUACUACAUUCCAGUUAUACACAUCAUCAAACAUUGUAAGCAAGAACUCCAGAUUCCUGAACAUAAAUCCUUCAUACUCUUCACUUACCUCGCUGGAGCGUCUGUUAUCAGCCGCCUCGCGUUCUGCAAAUUGGGAGACUUUCAAUGCGUCAGCCGUUUCUUUCUUUAUCAAGUGUCCGUGGUCAUAUAUGGGAUAUGUGUGUUAUUAUUACCAUUUGUAAAAACGUUUAACUCUUUGGUGAUAAUAUUUGUUGUUUUUGGACUUAUGGACGGCGGUGCACUGGGUCAGUUUUCCCUCCUUGUUUUAGGCUGUGUCGGUCAAAGAAAAGUGAAUCAAGGCUGGGGUUACGCCAUGUUUAGUGUAGGUUUUGGAGUCGGCACUGGACCUCCACUCGCAGGUUUUAUGGCGGACGAGAGUGGUUCCUACGCGGUAGCCUUUUAUUUAUCAGGAGUAGUGCUUAUAGCUGGAGCUGCUAUCACACUACUGAUGAAGUUUGUAAAGCAACCAGACGUAACCGAAGGCCCUGAAGAAGUCAAAGCCCAAGAAAUGGGAAUUCUGAUUGUAGAGAAAGUCACCGUUCUUUAAUUGAGUUCGGAGAGUAGAAAAUUUCCAGGUCAAUUUACGCGGAUUGCCCCCUCCUUAAAAUGGUUAACUGAAGUCUGAGUUUGGUUUUGUCAAAAAUGUAAUUUAGAUGGAUCCUUGAAUAAGGCGUGUGGCUACAUUCGCAACCCACUUACCAAGGGAAAAAAUUAAAGUGUUUGAAAAGCUGCCUCAGAAAGCGUGGUUCGUUUGAAGCUCUCUCAAUAUUGACAGUUCUUAAAUCUAAGAAGGAUAGGUAGAUCCAAUAUGUUUAAAAAUUUGACAAGAAUGCACAACUCUAGUGCGUUUUAUUCAAUAAAGAGUUUGACUUGUUUACAAGGCCCCGUGAAGGAAGUAGUAACUGAGCCGUACAAUUUUUAAGCUUUGAAAAAUCAUUAAUUAGUUUCGCACGGUCCACCGACGAUUUUAUCAAGAGAGUUCCACCAUACUAAUUUAAAAUUUUGUAAAACAUUGAAGCGUUUAUUUCCACCUACUCACAACUCAGGCGUAUCGGAGGACAUCUUAGCUAGGAAUUAAAAUUGUUAUAAUCUUAAUGCAAGAAAAUUGAACUUUAGAGGUGAGUUUUUACGAUGGUUGCAUUUCUGAGAUAAGCGUGAGAUUUGACUUCAUAUAUUAUAAUCCGUUUAAUUUAAAAAUAUAGUCUAUUCUUUGGC